GUCGAUAGCUUUUCAAAUAGUUUUUGCAUUAUCGUUAUGAUUAGGAAAGGGUACUAUAACCGUUCCAAAUCUGUUUGUUCCGCUCCUGUAGAGGAACAGGGUGGUAAUAACGAAAGAACGAAUUCCAUGAUACCAAAAUGUGUCAGUAAAAAGUCUGUAAAAUUUCCUGGGGAAUGUAAUCUUGUUACGUGUGUGAUAGAUCCAGUUGAUCCGUGGUUAAACAGACAGUGCUUAUCACCUGCUGAGUUAAUCAGUGUUUAUAAAUUUCAAUGUAAUCUCUCUUCGAUCCAACCUUUGUAUAGUGUCAUUUCGCAGUUACAAUCUAUAGAUUUGAGGCAGUCUCUAGAACGGAAACACGUUUUUAAUCUUAAGGGUUGUCAACUUAAUGGUGGGCAUAUUGAUAUGCUGGAAUAUGUUUUCAAAUACGUCCAAUUCCAAUACGUAAAUUUGGAAAACACCAAUCUUGAUGAUGAGUCUGUUGAAUCAUUAUAUGAAAUUUUGAGUUAUUAUGAAACAUGUACAGGAUUGUGUUUGGCUCGAAACCCUAAUGUUACGUCUACCGGCUGGAUCCCUGUCGCUUUUCUAUUUCGAGAAGUGCCGUAUAUGGAAUGGCUUGAUUUAAGAGAAAACAACUUGGGUUUAACUUUUGUACAAAUAUUAUCAUCAUCUCUUCGUAUACCACGAAAAGACUUUAAACCAAAAGAGUUUAAAAAAGAAAGUUUUGAUAAAAAUUGUAAUCGUCUCUCCGAGAAAUUAUCUGAUAAGGAUACUUUCAAAACUUCUAAGAAUGUAUCGAUUACAGAAUCAAAUUUAAGCUCAUCAAAAACACUGCCUUUUCAUUCACGUGGGUUACAUUUUGGUAGUACAGGUAUUAAUGGGCAAUUAUUACAUAUACUGAUUCCGGGAAUUCGUUUGGGUUGUAUUACUGAUCUUCGAUUACCCGAUAAUGGAAUUACUGGAUCUGAUGCUAAAUUUUUAGUGCCACUGUUACGUUAUAGUUCUCAUCUAAAAUAUCUAGAUCUGAGUAGAAAUCUACUUGGGGACUUAGGUUGUUCAACUAUAUCACAGGCACUAGCUUCACCUUGUUUUUCGUCCGAAAUACUCAAUUCAGAUGAAAAUCAACGCGGUUUAAUCCGACUGUUUUUAUCAGAAAAUAUGAUAACCAGAUCAAGUAUGAAUAAAUUGGCAACUGGAUUAAUACGCUGCACACGUUUAACAACGUUACAAUUAUCUGGCAAUUUAAAUAUUGGCUCUUCCGGUUUAUUUGAUUUAAAGUCAAGCCUUAUCAGUUGUCCAUGUUUAAAGCGUUUGGGUAUUGCAUUUUGUGGUAUUGAUCAUGAUGGUGCAGCAUGCAUUACAGAGAUAUUAUUAAAAACAACAUCUCGUUUCAAAAUAAUAGAUCUGACAGGAAAUCCUAUUGGCAUAGAAAAUUGUUUAGCAUUAUUAAACUCUUCAGCUUAUUUAGAUGAAAAAGUUAGAAUAAUAGGUUUAGGUAAGUUUGAUCUUAUUUAAAUCAUAUAUCAAAAUCUAUAUGAACGUGUGCAUAAAUACUUAUGUUUAAUUGUGUUUUAGAGUUUCAACCAUCAUCGUUAAUGCAAUAUGCAAGACAGAUAUCGGAAAAAGAAAAUAAUAGUCUUUUGCAUCAGAGUAAUGUAAGUAGUAUAUUUGAUUUAUUUUCUUGGUCCUCUAGGUUUCUCCUAUAUUUGUGGAAAUUUACUGUGUUAUUAUUACUUUAGGUAGAUAUUUGACCAUGUUUAGAGUAUGUAAUAAACAAUUUAUUUGUCGUCAGACGAGUUUUCAUGUUCCUAAUACAAAUGAAACACUUUGACCUAAAGUUGUAUAUCUUCAUGGACUAAAAUGAGUGGAGUACUCAGUGUCAACAUCUAGUCUUCAUUAGAUUUCACUGAUCACUUUUGACAUGAACUAGAAUUAACUCAUUUAACCCAUUUUAUAAUUAAAUUUCAAACUGAGCAUAUCGGUUAAUGUUGGUUCUCUUGGCAAGUAACAGAAAAAUUGCUUUGCAGUAACUGAAAUAAAAAUCACUCCUGAGCUGAUAUUGCUACUAUGUACAAAGCAAAACAAAAUAGGGCUAACGCCUCUAAAUACAUCAACUCUGAAUUAUUCAUCGGAGUGUUAAAGAUUACCGAUUGAUCCCCUCUUCAUGACCAUUUAAUAAAUAAAUAUUUUUAAACAAGAUCAUGAACCAGUCAAUGCUAGGCCGUCAUUCGAAAUCAGGGAGCACUCAACGGCCGUUUGUCCUAGUAUGGGACUUCUCAGUAGUGGGCACCCAUGAUUUAUCGAAAGGGACCCGAACCCAUGACUUGUGGUCUCGCGCGUAAACGUUUAACCUUUGAGCUUUGAGCUGGUAUCCGACGGUAUUACUGUCUAACGUCAGCCGAUCCACGAUAUUAAGCGACCAUCCUACCUUGUCUUCGGUAAAUAACUGCCGCACACCCGUCACGAAUUAGCUUGACUUAACACGGCCUCUCACUAGAACUCCGAGAAUUGCAUGUCAAAGUCAGUCACUAGCCGGCGCAUGAUAAUUAUCAGUAAAGAGUUGUUGAGAUGUGGAUGCCUACUGCUGAGGAGUCCCGUACUAGGUCGAAACAGUCUUCUUGUGCCCCCAGGUUUUCAAUGAUGGUUUAACAUUGGUCGGUUCAUGAUCUCAAAGCUCAUCACAACCCUAUGCUGAAAAUAAAUAUUUCAUAAAUAACCGUCUUAUUCAUCUAAAGUCAGUAAAUGGUAUCUCGUAUGAAGGUUUGUGAACUAACAUAAUGAAACUUUUUUAAUAUAUGCCAACAUUAUGGUCUUCCAGGUAUCAGUGUUAAGAGCUACAGUUGAUCAAUCUCAGUUGAUAUAUAGCAUCUAAAGAGGAUUAUUUCGGUAUUCCAUUUUAGUUACAAGUUUCAGCGACUCUGGUUUAUUACUUAAUGUUAAAAGCCACACGAAAAUGUAAUUACAUCCUAGGAACGAGCUCGAAUGAGGAUAAAAAUGAUGUUCUGAACUUUACUGCUAGUUGCACACAUUACUCAAAUUUCUCUAUUUUAAUAUAACGAUGACCCUCAGAACCUCGGAAUAGUUUUUUCAUCAAUAAUAUAAAUAUAUCUCAAAGGACGUUAAACUUCACUCUGGAAUAUUUUUUCUAAACUAUCUACUCAGUUUCUUCACGACCAGUACUGAAAAUAUAAGAUCAUUGCUAAUGACAGAUAUUUGAAUAUAGCACAUCAAUAAUUACCAUAAUAAGUUAACAUUUAAAAUAUUUGCAGUAAUUCAUCCGUAGUAACCACUGCUAUAAGUAACCCGUUUGAUAACUUUAGAGUUAUUAUACUUGUUUCUAUCCGUAUUUUAUUCGUAGUACUUUGUAAUUCUACUUGCUGACAACAAGCGUUUACUAAAGAAAUAUUCAAAACUAAAAUUGCAAGAUCAACACGUGAUAUCCUGAAGUAAUGAGGCGUAGCAAAGAACAAAUUAUUCAACUAUAAUUGGAAUAUUACUUUUGAUAUCCAGAGAUUGAAACUGUUAUUGAAUAGUUCUAGUUUAUAAUGAUGAAGGUUAUGUACAAUUUGGUUUUCUAGUUUUUACUCCUUCGUGAAUGGUUCUGUCAACGUAAACCUAUAUUCACCUGACGAUGCACAAUUCGACAUUCAGAAAAUUAGGCCGCUAUUUUAGUGAUUUCGUAGUUUCUCAGAAGUUUAUAUAUUAAAAUCGCUUUUACUUAGAAAAUUGUAUAACAGUGCUUACGGUAACGGUAUAAAUGGUCACAAUUGAUCUUCUAUGUGUUCAGUAGAACAAUCAUUUUUACUCUGUAAACGAAUCUUUAACUUACACUGGUUUCCUAAAUUCGAUGAAAAGUAAAUUGCUACAUACUCCUCAUAAGUUGGGAAUCAUAAAUGGUUUCCAAUUCAUUUGAAUAUCUAAAACUGAACUAGUUCAAUUCAACUCUAAGUUUGAUCAGUUAUUAUUCAAGUAUUUUUCCAUUUUAGUCCGGUCAUACAAGCUAUAAAUCAUUUGCACUACGUAUAUUCAAUGUAGAUUUUGGUCUAAUUGAUUAAUUAAUCUCUUAGAGCUGAAUUUAGAAAUCGAUAUAUCCAUUAAUGGAAUUACUUUUUAUGUUCUGUAAACAGAGUAUUUUCUUUACAUAAUGGUUUUUGACUGUUUUUUAUUCUGAUGUCAGAAUAAUUCACAGGUUCAAAGUGAUGGACUGACUCCAGAUCGAGAUUAUCAACGGCUUAAACAUAAGAAUCGGAGACAUUCUCAAAUUAGUUCAUCGAAACAUUCAAUUUAUGGAAAAACUAAAUUCACUUCCUUACCUACAAUUGACUACAAUCAUAAACCAUAUUCAGAACUUAAUCCAAAAUAUUUGUGGGGUGACAGUUCAGAUGAUGAAGAUAGAGUGAAGGAUACCGAUGAUAACAAUGUAUCUGUAAUUACAAAAACAAAUAGAAAUUACCUUUCAGAACAAAACUACAAACAAACUAGCAAAAACGAAUGGACAAAACAUCAUUCUGUUAGUUGAACUGUAUACAUAUUUUCAUGAGAUUCAAAUAUUUCAUAGAAAAAUUCCUCCCGCUGUUUUCAGUCUUAACUUGAUUGUUAGAUUUAUACAAAUGUAUCAAAUAACCUUGAAUAAUGUAAAUUACACAGCUUUUACUGUGUACUUACAUCACUCAUGUAAAGUCGUCAGAUUUCUGUCAACAAUCUUUUCUAAUGAAUAUAUGUAUUUUUCCACAACUACAUUUCCUUAGAUGCACUAUGAAUCUUCGAAAUUUCAAUGUUUGACUAAAGAUUAUCAUAGCAAGGUAAAAUACGAACUAUACAUUGAGCAGAAAAAUUAAACUUUUCACUGAAAAGAUUUUCAUUUACAAAAUUC